CCUUUAAAUAAACAGUUUAUUUCUAACAUAAAUCAUGAGACCUAUGUCUCUAUAUCUUUAUUGUUCAGUGCUCAGUUUUCAUUGUAGGAUAAGUUUUAUAAAUAACACAUCACUAGUAAGACGAACUACACUUGUGAAGUGAGCCUGAUAUUCCCAACUAUGUCUGGAUUUGUGAAAUGUUUUACAAUUCUUACUCUUCUCACAAUUUGGACAGAGUUAGGCUCAACUGCUAAAGAGUGUGAUAGACAACUAAUGUGCAAAUUAAGAGAUAUAAACAGAAUGUGGAAAGAACUUGAAGGGAUGAUCCAAGAAGUUAGACUUGACCUGAAGACUGAAGUAAAAAGUUUAACAAAAGAGGUGUUGAAAUUGGCAAACAAAAGAAAAGAAAAUGCUGUUUAUUUGGGAUGUUUCAAAGACUCAACACCACGUGAUUUGCCACUAUUCCAUCAAUUGGAUAGUGCUAUGACAGUUGAAAAAUGUAACCAAAUGUGUCGCACGAAGGGUUACAAGUAUGCUGGGUCUCAAACUGGUAGCCAGUGUUUCUGUGGAGAUGAGUUCGGAAGUUAUAGAAGAGUACCAGAAACCAGCUGUGCCUCCAGUUGCCAUGGAGAUUUCAGCAAAAUCUGUGGAGGGAGCUGGACAAAUUCUGUUUACUUUGUCGGAAAAUAAUAAAUUGCAAUAUGUAUGAUGAAAUAAAGAAAGAAUUUAAGCAUCAUA